UAUGCAAGUAUAUGACAGCGGGUAAGACCCUGCUAGCCGAAUAAAAUCCGGGGCACAGUUUGUGGGCCCGCCAGAAGCAAGCUAAGCCGUGACUGCUCAAUACGUUUUAGGCACAUUUCCAAACUUACGAUCAAACCUGUGUAUUCUAACAAAGCGAGGAAUAUCUUGCCGUUAGCAGGCUUAGAGCGCUAUUAGAGACACGAUGUAUGUUAUCAAAGGAGCGUUACUCACGUACAUGCUCCUGUUCCACGGGACGAAAGCUCAGGUCAGACCAGUGCCCACACAGCUUCCAGGAUUUCCUACAGACUCAACAGCUUCUAGCUUUAUUUCUUCUUUGUCGCCCAUGGUGCCACCCGUGACGCCGGGGGGAGCCUCGAGUGCAGGUAGCGGCGGUUCAAGUGGUGACGGCGCGAUAAAUAUAGUUCCAUCGACGGGUCUGGCGACGGUGACAGCCAGUGGAAAUUUAUUUCCGCCUUCAAUUACCAUCAGCGGAUCGCCAUUCAAUAUGUCCUCACCAAACCCUGGUCCCUCUGUGACAGGCACUGUGGGGUUUGGGGGUCCGGGUAACGGUAUUAGCAUCAUACUAAGCACACAGGACUGUGUACAGAGAGCCGUUCAGUGUCCUCAAGGCUACAUGAUGUCUUUCUGUACGGGAUGUCUAGCAAAGUGCACGAAAAGCAUUGAAUCUUUUAGCUUUGCAGCUUUCAAGGAACACAUGAAAAUAGUUACUGCUCCGGACGGCACAAACUGCACGACAAACUUUUUCUCAGUUAUUCGGCAGGGCACAUGUCGCCUCGGAAGUUGUGUCACACCAAUCUUCCCACGGAACUCAAAAUUUAAACUGUGCCCUUUUGAUGAAUCACUGGACAAACAUAGCAAUUGAACACACAUCUUUGUCGGCUCACGCCAUCUUGAUUGACAAGUCGGCGGCUAUAAAGGAACAGCUCUUUCUCUUCAAGUUUACAAUAGUAUUUAGUCUCUGGAUGUUUCAAGAGCACAUCUACGGUAACGCAAGAACAGAAGAGAUUUGAGCAGAUACCAUCAAACGCUAUUACGAUAAGACGUCAAAAUAA